AAAAAGCAAACAAAUAUUCUUUGAGUCAACUUGCACACAAACCGCCGUCCCGCUUCACACAGUUAGAUUACAACCUUCUCUUGUGGAUCCAAGAUUACUUUGAGGAAGUUCAUUAUCAGUAUUGUUGGAUAUUAGUAGGACUGUUUGAAAGGCAUUUCAUUAAAAUAAUGGCAUUGAGGCGUUUUCUUGGAUUUUCUGAUGGUGAGCUUAUGAGAUCUGAUUCAAAACCAUGUUCAAGAUUGAUGCGGCACACUGCUGGGGUUUUUAGUGUUGGAGGAGCGCUAGGAUUUUGGAUUCUAUGCCGUUUGCAUUAUGGUCCUAGGGUGCAUGUUCCUCGAAGUUUAAGGUGGGCAAGUACUGGUGCUCUAACUGUAAGUGCAAGCACCGCUUUACUGGUCCGACUUUUUAGUCCUGAAUGCGAGCCUCAGAACAUAGAAGCCUAUGACAAGAAAAAAUAAUAAAGCUGUAGUACAACCCUACUUUUAGAUUAAUGACUGUCUGGUUGGUGUUUAUGCAUGCACUAUAUUGACCAUGUGAUCAAUUUGACAAUUGCUAGAAUGUGUUGAUGGGAUUGAUUUUGUAAGAUAUCGAAGGUGGGUAUUAGUGUAUUUCCAUUAUAAGGAGUAAAGACCAUGGUUUUGUAUGGGACUUUGUUUUUAUAAUUUUUAAAAGCUAAGCACAAUUAGUCAA